AUGGCGGGGGAUCCACGCCAGCCACCGCAGCCGUCACCGGAAUCGGCGCAUAUCGGAGACAAAAAACCCGAGACGGCACGAUCCAUUCUAUGGAGUGCUGACGAUCAUCCCGACGAGGAACUGGAAGAUGUGGAUUUGCCCUUGCCAGUCGUCGAUCAUCCGUUGACCGUGCCGUUGUCGACGAACGCGUCGCACCCCGUACCGGCGGCGGAUCACGAACUGAUAUCCCGGAUUCUGGUACCGUCUCCGUUUCCUCAUCACCACGCGGGCCCCACCAGCGCUCGUUUCAGGAAUGCCUUGAAUCGGGUACAGACUCAACCCACUGCGGACGUCGAAGCCUGGCAAGCCCUCUUGACGGAAACGCAAACGUGCUACAAACAGAUUGUGGCCAACAACACAUUGACAAACUCCGUUACGCACCCGUACACAACCGACGCCGAGACGGAUGUUGUUGCUCGCGUCAAACAACAACAAUUGGAUUGGGUGGAAUCCUGCUACGGUGCCGUCUUACGCUACUUCCCCUACGCCAGUAGCCACGUACACACCGUGGCAGAAAUUCUGUGGACACUGUCGUCGCACGGCGUCGCGGAAGAACAGCAGUUACUUGUAUUCGACGGCACCAACCAUAGUCACCACAGUACCAUCAACGCCUCGUCUGUGUCUCCCCAACGAACUCAACUGUACGAAGCCAAACUGGAACGACUCUUGUCUCGCUAUCUCGGUGUCACGUUCGACCAUUCCUCGUCCGGUAGCAAUUAUCCCAACGGUCGGGACGCCGAUACGCCACCGUCCCCACCCGAAAACACGGCACUACCCGGAAUGUGCGAUUGGAUGGUAGAAUUGUGGUUGUUGUACGCUCGGAAAAAACGGCGUGACGCUCUACGGCACAGUAACCUCGCACAACAACAACAACUACCCGACGCGCGUGUAUCUUACGUUCGGGACCAAACGUUACAAGCCUACGAGCAGGCACAACCCUUUGUCGGACACGGUGAAAAUAACGUCAUCUUUUGGAAAGCAUAUUUGGACUUUGUCCGUUCCUGGACGGCCAUGGCCAAUGAGGACGCGAAAAACCAUCACGCGGUGGCGCAACAGCAAAUGGUGCGACUCCGGACCAUUUAUCAGGCCUUGAUCAAGUAUCCCAUGACGGGAUUGGAUCAGCUGUGGCAAGAGUACGAAGCCUUUGAGCGGGGUCAGAACGAAACACUCGCGCAGGCGUUGACGCAGGAACUGUUGCCCACGUACCAACACGCCCGGACCGUGUAUCUCGAACGACACCGUGUGUACGAUACCAACGAUCUACAACUAGGUCGACUCGCCACGCCACCGGCGGACAAUGCCGUCACUCAAGAAGAAGAUUACGAAACGAAACGAGCCGAAGAGCAAGCAUUACUGCGUGCGUGGAAAGUGCGGGUUGCCUACGAACGGACCAAUCCGGAACGUUUGAAUUCGAGUGAGUUUGCACGACGCGUCCGACAGGUCUACCAGGCGAUGGUUUCGGUGCUGACGCGGUACCCAGAAGCUUGGCACAUGUGGAGUACCUGGGAAUUGUCCGUGGCCACCGGUACUACCACGACGUCUGAUGUCACUGCUGAUGGACGACACCACGAAUCAACCAUCACGUUGGCCCGUGCCGUCUUACAACUCGGACAAAGUCAUAUUCCAGACUGCACAUUACUCGCGCAUACCGAAGCCAUCCUAGUCGAACUUCAUGCAGUGGAUCCCAAAUCAUGCUUAAAUGUCAUGGAACGGUUUGUGGAUCGUAGCCCCAAUACUCUCGGCUUUGUUCUAUAUCAGCAACUGACGCGACGAUAUCAAGGUAUGGAAGCUGCGAGAAAGGUGUUUGCACGUGCACGACGCGUAUUGGUAAAUCCGGCCGAAGCCGCGGCCGCUGCAGCGAAACAAGAUGUCCGGACUGAGGACGGGGUUGAUGCAGAGAAUCAUCCACACGACGAGGGAAGCGGCGGCAAACGCUGGGUAGUGACAAAUAGAUUAGAUCCUAACAUUGGACCGACAAAUGGGCAACAGGUGCAAGGUGCUACCGAAACGACGACAGGACAAGAAGGGGUUGUAGACGGAAGCGAAAAACAUCCACCGGGUGUUAUUACUUGGCACCUAUACGCCUCGCACGCAAACAUUGAGCACAGGGUCAACAAGGCACCGGAAGUUGCAGCGCGAAUUUAUGAGUUGGGUUUGCGGAAGCACGCGGCCUUUUUGACCGUACCGUCCUACGUAAUGCGAUACGCCCAACUACUCCUGGAAUUAAACGAUACAAUGAAUCUACGGGCCUUGUUAACUCGCGCUGUCGCUGCUUGUGAGGCCCAAGAAAAGGAAAACUCCCUGGCGUUGCUCUGGAACAUGACUUUGCAUUUUGAGUCGGUCAUGGGAGGGUCCGAUCCAACUAGUGCCGUAACGAUGCAGAAAAUAGAACGACAACGUCGUGCAGCCCUGAUGGGUGCUAACGUGGAAGAGGUAGCCACUGGAGGGUUUGUUGGAAUUAAUGAACCAGCCUUGAUUGGUGCUCAAAAAUCCACUAUUGCAGACCAGUUGGUGCGAACGGAAAGCUAUGAUACGAGUUCCUCUAUUGUAAAUGGAAUGAACCGUGCGGUGGAUGUUUUGGAAAUAAUGGGGUUGUGGGGAAGCGGGGAGUCAUCAGUGGAUCAAGCUCGUCGUCGGAUCAAGCAAAGCAAAAACCGGGAAAGCGAAGUUGAUAUUUCCGGUGGGAAGAGCGACACAAGUUUUCAAAAGCGACUCGAGUACCAAAACGCAGUAUCGGCAGGGUUCUCACCAGAGGCAGGAACGACUGAUGGCACCGCCAUAGGCAACAAGAUUAUGUCAGCUCGUGAGCGCUAUCAACAGGGAGCUAUAGCGGUCGCCUCCGGUGGUGCGGUUGGCUCGAGUGCAAUUAUUAUGGCAAUUCAGCAAAUGCCAGAUUGGCUGCGACCACUUCUCAUGACAUUGCCAGCGACACGACUACGUGUUCCAGUUGUGCCAAAACCUCCGCCGCAUAUGGUUGAAAUCGCUUUGGCCGCACUGAAGGCGAAUUCGCUUCCUGCCGAGCGGCCUGAGGGAGAAGUAUCUACGAGUGGCAGCAAGCGUAAAUUGGCUGCGAUUGACUCCUCGGACGAAGAGAGUGAUGUGCAAGGCGGAGGGUAUGGCAGCCAGUUUCGAAACAGACAGCGUGCUAGAAUGAACGCGUCAUAA